AGUGGUCUCUUUUUUUAACUCGUUAGAGAGGAUAACUUUUUAGUUAUAGUCUCUGAAGAUAUCUUAAGGAUGGCCGCAGGAUUUUCGACAGCUUCGGCAAAGGGAGUGGAUUUUGAGGCAAAGAUUACUCCUAUAGUCAUAAUAUCUUCCAUCAUCGCUGCUACCGGCGGCCUCAUGUUUGGCUACGAAGUUGGUGUCUCUGGUGGAGUGACAGCGAUGCCGGAAUUUCUGAAAAAGUUUUUCCCGGUGGUCUACGGGAGAGUAGAAGUCGGCGCCGACAAAAACAACUACUACUGCAAAUACGACAAGCAAGGACUACAAAUCUUCACAUCAUCUCUAUACUUAGCGGGUCUAACCGCAACGUUCUUCGCUUCAUACACGACGAGAACACUUGGACGAAGGCCAACCAUGCUCAUAGCUGGCGUGUUCUACAUCAUCGGUGUGGUUCUCAAUGCUGCGGCGCAAGACCUAGCCAUGCUUAUUACAGGCCGGAUAUUGCUUGGUUGUGGAGUUGGGUUCGCUAACCAAGCCGUGCCGUUGUUCUUGUCGGAGAUUGCACCUACUAGGAUCAGAGGUGGUCUUAAUACUCUCUUUCAGCUUAACGUCACUAUUGGUAUCCUCUUCGCAAAUCUUGUCAACUAUGGCACCGCUAAAAUUAAAGGAGAAUGGGGAUGGAGGCUGUCACUUGGUUUAGCCGGAAUCCCGGCGCUUCUACUGACGGUGGGAGCUUUAUUGGUGACGGAUACACCGAACAGUCUCGUUGAAAGAGGCCGUCUCAAUGAAGGCAAAGCCGUUCUCCGUCAGAUUCGAGGCACAGUUAAUGUCGAACCAGAGUUCGCUGAUCUUCUUGAAGCUAGCAGCCUUGCCAAAGAAGUCAAACACCCUUUCAGAAACCUUCUUCAACGCCGGAACCGGCCUCAUGUUGCCUUGCAGAUAUUCCAGCAAUGCACUGGAAUCAACGCCAUUAUGUUCUAUGCUCCUGUUCUUUUCAGCACUUUAGGCUUUGGCAGUGACGCGUCUCUCUACUCUGCAGUGCUCACCGGUGCAGUCAACGUCCCCUCCACUCUAGUGUCUAUCUACUUAGUUGAUAAAGUCGGUCGUCGUGUUCUUCUUCUUGAAGCUGGUCUCCAAAUGUUCUUUUCUCAACUCGUGAUCGCCAUUGUCCUCGGCAUCAAAGUCACAGACCACUCUAAUAACCUUUCCAAAGGGUUUGCGGUUCUUGUCGUGGUGAUGAUCUGCACCUACGUAGCUGCUUUCGCCUGGUCUUGGGGACCGCUCGGUUGGCUAAUCCCUAGUGAGGUUUUCCCUCUUGAGACACGUUCCGCGGGACAGAGUGUGACUGUCUGCGUCAACUUGCUGUUCACUUUCAUUAUAGCUCAGGCUUUCCUCUUGAUGCUGUGUCAUUUCAAGUUUGGGAUAUUCAUCUUCUUUUCUUCGUGGGUCUUGGUCAUGACUCUGUUUGUGAUGUUCCUCCUUCCUGAAACUAAGAACAUACCUAUCGAGGAGAUGAGGGAGAGAGUGUGGAAGAAGCACUGGUUCUGGACUAGGUUCAUGGUCAUGGGUGAUCAAAGUUGUAACCGGCAAGAAGAGUAACAACAGGUGACUAACAAUACACUAGAUAGAUAUAAGAAACGAUAACAUAUAUAUAAAGAGUAAAGACUAAACAUAUUAGAACAUCUUUAGAGCAUGAGCAUUGCUAGAACACACAUAACACAUAGUUCUCUCAGAUAAUAUUCUUAAAUUAUUUUUAUUUUUUCUUUUUAUUUUAAAAAUUAAGCCAUUGCUUAAAAGACAAGUGGAGAACACAGCUCUUCAGCGAGAUCAAAAAGCUCUUCUCAGAGAGCUGCUUUCUUUUUUGGGCUUUUUUGCUAAAUAACAAAAAAAAAAAGAGAAAUUAGAUUUUGGGAGAGAGAGUAGA